AUGGCAUUCACAUAUACCAAUCUUUAUUUUGCAGGAGCCGUGCCAGGACUGUGUCAUUCUACUAAUUUAACUGUUGGACAUGCAUAUACAGUAUUCUUAGACUAUGAUACUACCAAUAAAAAAUAUACACCAACAUUUAAAGAAGAUAAUGUUAAUGAUCAGUAUUUAGAAGAAAUAUCAUUGGUUUGUGAACAUGAUAUCAACUAUCCUAAUGGAAUUACUGAAGAUACUGCUACAAUAAUGUGCCCAGAAAACUAUCCAGAUUAUGAAGGGUGUUUGAACUAUGUUGAACCUGAACCAGAAGAUACUAGCAGCAAUGGCAUCAGCAAAGAUGUAGUUGAUAAUGAAGUUGAAGUUAAACCAUUGACUGAAGGUCCACCAAUCGUUGCACCAGCCAGCAACGGUGACGGUGCUGUACCCUCUACAAAGGAUGGUGGAGGUAACGGAAGUGGUGUAGCAAGAGUAUCGUGUAUUCUGUAUUUAGGUUUAAUAAUAUAUACACUAGCUUUAUAG